GAGCGCGCUCUCGAGAUCGUGCGCGUGUAUAAUGAGGGACUCCGGUCGUCUCCAACAGUUGAAGGAGGAAGAGAUCGACACGUCAGGCGAGAUGGAUAAAAACAAAACAAUCGACCUGAGGAAGAAGCAUGUUGGACCCUCGUGUAAGAUCUUCUUCAGCCAGGACCCCCUCAUGAUAGUCCGGGCCGAAGGUCAGUACAUGUACGACGAGAACGGCCAAAGAUACCUGGACUGCAUCAACAACGUAGCCCAUGUGGGCCACUGCCACCCACAGGUGGUGAAGGCCGGAGCUCAGCAGAUGGAACAACUCAACACCAACUCACGUUUCCUUCACGAGAAGCUGUCGCUGUACGCGCAGCGACUGCAGGCGACGCUGCCAGACAAGCUGUCUGUCUGCUACUUUGUCAACUCGGGAUCUGAGGCCAACGACCUGGCCCUGCGACUGGCCUGGCAGUUCAGCGGCCACAAACACAUCAUCACGCUGGAGAACGCCUACCACGGCCACGUCUCAUCACUCAUCGACAUUAGCCCUUAUAAGUUCCAGCAACUGUCAGAUGUGGAGCGGAAUGAAUUUGUCCAGGUGGCGCCGAGUCCAGACGUGUACCGAGGCAAAUACAGAGCGGACCACGAGGACCCGGCGACUGCUUAUGCAGACGAUGUUAAAAAGAUCAUAGAUGGUGUUCAGGAGAAAGGAGGAAUGAUUGCAGCGUUUAUAGCCGAGUCGCUGCAGAGCUGCGGCGGCCAGGUGAUUCCGCCCAGAGGCUAUUUCCAGCAGGUGGCAGCGCACGUCCGUAAAGCUGGAGGCGUCUUUAUUGCCGAUGAAGUCCAAGUGGGCUUCGGGCGUGUCGGCAGCCACUUCUGGGCCUUCCAGCUCCAGGGAGAUGACUUUGUUCCAGACAUUGUCACGAUGGGGAAGCCCAUCGGCAACGGCCACCCGAUGUCAUGCGUGGUGACCACCAGAGAGGUGGCCGAGGCCUUCAUGUCCUCUGGAAUGGAAUACUUCAACACAUUCGGCGGCAACCCGGUGUCAUGUGCCAUCGGUCUCGCUGUGCUCGACGUCAUUGACAAGGAAGAUCUCCAGGGAAACGCACUGAGGGUGGGAGGGUACCUGACCGGUCUGCUGGAGAAGCAGAAAGAGAAGCACCCCCUAGUGGGCGACGUCAGAGGUCGCGGGCUGUUUGUUGGGGUGGAGCUGGUGAGGGACCGAGUCACGCUCAGCCCUGCCACAGCUGAGGCCCAGGAAGUUAUCUACCGGCUGAAGAUGGAGCGGAUCCUCCUGAGCGCUGACGGGCCUCAUCGCAAUGUGCUCAAGUUCAAACCUCCCAUGUGCUUCAGCAGAGAAGAUGCUGACCUGGUGGUUGAGAAGAUCGACCAAAUCCUGACAGACCUGGAAGAGGCUACAGGGCUGAAGUCCACUGAAGACGGAGGGAAAAGAAAAACCAUGAAUCAGCAGAACGGCAAAUCAGAACACAGUUUGGUGACCACCCCCUCUAAAAGACAGAGGAGGUAACAGUCUCUGGCUCCAUCUUUCGAGGAGGUUUACACGUCAAUGCUUCCGAUUCUGGUUGAGCUGGCCAUCAUCAUGUGAUCAACUGUGUUUUAAUAUAUACAUGAGAUUCUAUUUUUGUAUGAUUAUUUUUGAUUCAACACCACUCGAAGUGUGGAAGUCACCACGUCGGUGCUCAGUGCUGCCAUCUUGUGUCGUGUGCACGACUCUCACUAGUGUGAAUGCAACCUGCGCAUAAGCGAACAGGUUUGUGAUCUGAUGCCUCCCAGUAUUUUUGGUGCGGAGACUGACCUGAUCAGGUGCGAAGCAGACGUCAACACUGUCAUGGCUUCACCUAGGCACACACUCGGUCUAGUAUUUAUAUACUUGUGGGGACAUUGUGAGGUUUUUCAAUGACAUUCUCAUUGACUUUCCCCAGCCGUCUCUCACCCUUAAACCUCCAAAACACAUGGCUCACCUUAACCAGGACUCUGAACCAAACUUACACCCAAUUUAAAUGACCCAGUCAUUUUGAAGUCUCCAUCCUCACAAUAGAUGGGUAGUGUUUUGUCAAGAAUUGGUCCCCACAAGGUAGGAUAAACAAGGCACACUAACACACACUGCUCCAGGGUCAGACUCAGUCGCGCCUCAUGACUGUUGUUGAGUCAUUGAAGACAAAGUCAGACAGAUGGGAGAUGAAUAUGAAGAAGAUUGGGAUUGAUGAAUGUGAUAUCACGAAUAAACAUUUUAACUUGGUUCUAGAAAUCUUAUGGAAAACACUGGCGUAUGAAUGUAUCGAAUAAUU